AUAACCAGGCAAGUUGGCCGGUAGCAAGAUCGUUCUUUUAAAAAUCUGUUUCUCUGGAAAGCUACGCAAGAAACAUCGUUAUCUUAAAUUUUCUAUCAGAUUUCUGUCGAACAAGCCCUUCCUCUGAUGCCCACACGGACACCGACGCGUUCUUACACCUCGAGAACCGUCAUGCCAUAAAAAUCCUCCAAUCCUUUCACAGAUAUCUCUGAAGAUUUCCUAACAAGAGAAAGGAUGCGCAACACAGGUGGCUCGUAGAGUACCUAACAUUAUUUAUUUCUCGUUACAAAAUGGACAGAGAAUUACAUAUGUACAAAAACAGUUGCGCCCGGCUGGUACGCGAAUAAAUUACAAUCUUAGGAUGAGGCACGACGACGAAUCCGUGCGAUGAGAGACUAUCGCUAGGAGGCUUCCUCUCUCGCGACCCCCACCCCCGCAUUGGGGGCGGAAUCAAGUGGAUCGAUAGGGUAGAGACCGUCCGUACCCCGUCGACGAUUCGAGAGGGAGCGUGACCUGUAACCCAUGGACGGAUUACCUCCUGUUACAUCGUUUUCUCGCCGUUUUUAUCUGAACACCGCGUGAGUGACGUUCGACCCCCGGCGCGUGCAUGGCUUCGGGGAUUUCCGAGGGGGAACACGUCGCUGGCAGCACAUCGCUCCCUCGUUUCACUCGUCGCGAAACGGGUCGCGAGGGUUCGUCUACCUAGACACCUUGCCGAAACUUUGCCGCAUUGCGCCACUGCGAUUGUCGACGACGAUCGCCGCGAUCCUUCGCCGGAUUUCACAAGGAUCUUUACGCUCCUCUGGACUCAGCUCCCGUCCAGCCCGCUCGGCGAGAGUGACUCGACAGUGCGGCGCGAGUGUUCGACCCUGUGAAAGUGCGUGUCCUCGCUGCGCAAGAGAUCGCAAUCGCGCCGGAAAUUGAUACCCAACGCUAGACACCUGUUCCGGUCCAGAGACGAGCCCGGUGUAUGAACGCAGUAUCCGCUUACAAAUUAUCGCCCUGGGACUUACUCUAUGCCAGGCCUCGGUGCAACAGUCCCUGGGGCGCCCUGGUCUGCCCCUCAGGGCAAUGGCGUCGAGAAGGGGGCGUGGACUACCGUUGGGAGCUGGGAACUGUGAUCGUCUGACCUCUGUGGCCAGUGGCCGUAAAACGUUUCCGUCUUGUUGGGGAGGCUGUCGCGCUUGGUACUUAGCUACUUGUUGUAGCUAAUAGUUUAGCUAUCGGUUGUUCGGCUUUUAAUCUAAAGAUUUGUUUGUCCGUAGUCCGUAGACGAUCGCAUGUUCGGAGAGCAUCAAAUUGUUCAAUCUAAAAGGCUGACCUUGAGUUGAAUAUUUAACACAGCAAAUUUUUGUUUGCACAGUGAAUAAAGAGAACUAUACCAUGGUACAUCAAUUCAGCGUAAUCGGAUUAGGCGAAUUACAGCCGUUUUGUUAACAUGGACCGACUUAUAUCGUUGCACGGACUAUAGGACUCUCAGCUUUCCUGCUCCCAAUAGUGUUCGAUCGGCCUCGGUCUCGUCGGGCCCAGGGCAGGGCCCAGAGAGCAAUCUGUGCCCGUGGCCCCUUUAGACGGUUGUACUUACAUGCUAAUCAAGCGACGUAUAAAUAGUAUUACAAAUUGAGCUUGAACGGUCACGGGAUCAACUUCGCACGCUUCCCGACGGUGUCAAGGACUUCGCCGUCGAGUGGUUGGAAAUUAUCGUCGCCGUACGGUUUCGUUGACGCCGCGAUGUUAUCUAAGCCGACGAUCUAUUAAUCAGAUUGCACCGUCGCGGAGACUUUCCACCAGCCGAAAAAUCGUCCAAAGCAAAUCCCAAAGCCGUGAAAAGUUUUAAAUAAGCCCGCGGAACGGUCGUUCCCCGGCGCGCUAAUUCUACUCUCUCGUGUAUUUACAGUAACCUUAAUUACAGAUCAGACCGGCGCGUAACACCCGGACAAGUUCGGAAAUAAAAACAGAAUUACGAAAAAACCGCUAAGUCAACAACGCCAAGGACCAAUCGAUGCACGGAGAUCCACGUGGACGCUGGGGGUUUCGAACGCGCCAUUCCCCGCUUUACCCCCGAGCAGAUCGAACAGGAUCCCAACCGUUCGAUCAACUGAGAGUUUGGGGAACCAGUGUUUCGGAAGCCCUGAGCUGUCCGCGAGAUCUGAGAUAGAGGUCGCGAUCUCCAGCGCGCACCGAAACACGCGUGUCGCUUGCAUCGACGAAUCCGAUAUCCUCUUUAGCUUCGGGUGCGCCAAGGUUCACCCAUUCACAUCCACGCGUGAGGACUGGUGAUUGUCGGCGGUGAGGCACCGCCAACCGUGGAAUAAUAAGCUCCUGUAACUAGGAUGUCUCCGAUUGAUGAAGUUUGGACCCUUAGCUGAGAUGCUCUGCGGGCGACGAUGAGACCCAGCUAGCCGCAUCCCCUACGGGAUCGAUCGCGAUCAUCCGGCGGAUCAGCUUCCGAGACGCUCGCAUCGCACGGUGACUAGUGCCGCGUGGGUAUCGGCUGAGGUUCGAAUUGCUGCCGCGGUCCUACGGGAGAACGUCGUAUGGGGGACCCAGUGGGUCCUUUCGGUGGCGCAUCGGCGGCUGGCUCGUGAUCGACGCGACGGUCCGCGCGGAGGAGAGAAGCUUCCGGGAAGGUGCGCGCCAGGCUCUCCUCACUUAUUCGUCCUUCAACGUCUUCGCUCUGGACUUCAUGUACGCCCGCCGGUAGAAGUCGGAGAACAGGGCGAAGAAGACUGUCGAAUGGAUGAGAAGCAACGUCGCCACAAGCUUAGGGUAGCCGCAGUCGAAGAUCAGGGCCUGGGCGCUGUGCACGAACACCAGGAAGAACUGCACCUGCGGACAGAAAUCAGAUCAUCUACAAAAUGAACAUCAGCGGUACUCCCUCGCUCGACAAGAUGUCCAACAUCUACAACAACUCGGCGGUUCGAUUCUACCAGUAUGUCUUCCACGACCUCUCCGAUCCACGGACGAGAGAAUGGUUCAUGAUAGCGUCGCCAGUGCCGGGUGUCAGUCUGCUGAUCGGCUACCUGUACUUCUGCCUGUCAUGGGGUCCCAGACAGAUGGAGCACAGGAAACCGUACAAGCUGAGGAACGUCCUCGUGGUCUACAACUUCCUGCAGGUCCUGCUCAGCUGCUGGCUGUUCUACGAGGGCCUCGACGGAGCCUGGCUGAGGAAGUACAGUUGGAAGUGCCAGCCAGUCGACUUCUCUACCACACCGGAGGCCAUGAGGGUCGCCAGAGGCGUGUACAUAUACUUUCUGGCGAAGAUCUCCGAGCUGCUGGACACGGUGUUUUUCGUGCUGAGGAAGAAGGACAGCCAGAUCACGUUCCUCCACUUGUACCAUCACACGGUGAUGCCGAUGAUCUCAUGGGGAGCCACCAAGUACUAUCCGGGUGGCCAUGGCACCUUCAUAGGUGUCAUCAACAGCUUCGUGCACAUCAUCAUGUACACCUACUAUCUGCUGGCUGCGUUGCUGCCUCAGUAUCAGAAGUACUUGUGGUGGAAGAAGUACAUCACGACCCUCCAAAUGGGCCAAUUCUGCCUCGCCUUCCUGCACAGCUGCCAGCUGCUGUUCUACGACUGCGACUAUCCGAAGUGGUCACUGUUCUUCAUCCUCCCGAACGCGAUCUUCUUCUACUUCCUCUUCGCGGACUUCUACGACGUCUCGUACCAGCAUCAACGUGACCGAAAGGGGUCCAGACCCUGUUCAACGAAGGAGACCGACCCAGCGACGCAGACGGACAACGGCCGGUUGCAGAACGGCAAAGGGAAGACGGACUAAUCCCGAAGGAUCUGGAAAGCUCGCGGACCGGGAAGAGGAUCAACCAUCGGCAGCAUCUUCGUGCCACCACCGACGCUUCCCAAGUCCUCUUUUCGACGUCGAGACGUCGACCGGUCCUACGAGAAGACGCGUUAUUACAAGCGUUUCCAUGUUCGGGACUCGUCGCGCGGUGACGCGACCCGUCGCAGACUCAGGAAUGUCCUUCAAGGCCACGCGUGACCCUGCGCCCCGCCGGAACCAGCUGGAUCCGACCGGAAUGCCCUGGCAGAUCGAACACGAUGUACAUAGAUAACUGGCCCACUGUAUAGAAAACUCAUGUCCACGCGUUGGAUGAGCAUAAUUAGGGUACGGGCCGGCCCUAGAUAGCGCGAGCAUGCGACGGGGACCAGGGUUUCAAGGUCGGAGUCGGCGCUUCGGCUACGGCGACCGCGUCCAAGCGAAGCUUACGGGACUUAUGGCAACGCUGUUCUCCGCGCGGAAGCGGGCCUGGCGGAUCCUGGCAGCCAAUCAUCGGCCGCCAUCGAUUAUCCGUGCGUUCAACAUUGGCUCUUCGCGAUCGGCCAGCUUUCUUUCAUUUGCACCGAGCAAUUAUCCAGGAGAAACUACCAGGGGGCCCCGCCGACAGAAUUUUGCUGAUCCUAAUUCUGCUGUGGCUACCUUCGCACUCGGUGUCCCCUUUAUCGAGGUCUCGAAUUUAUUGCGAAGCGAAAUUUAUUACUUUUCAAUCCUUUCUUGUCGAUUAUAAAAAUGCGAGCUUGGACUGUACUUUCGUUUAUGCGCCAUUUUUCAAAUAGACCAGGGUUUAAGAGCACUUGAAACUUCGACAAGAGUUGAUUAAAUUGAUUAGGAUCCUUCAGAAGCUGGACCUUGAACCUUCUUUUAGAGGCGAAUCGAUAUUUCUUUGAAGAUCAUCCUAGCUUUAGCAUCGUCUCCCUACGAACCCAAGUCCUUCAAUUGAUCCCCAAGAAUCAUUCUACCACGCGUGAUCAUUUCUGGAGGAUGUUCCAGGUCCCUGAAUCCUAGACACAUCUUCGAUAAUCAUUGCGGAGGCUUGGACUGUCUUCUAAGAGGCACCUAGGCUCACGCAUUUUGCAACGUUACUUCAAAACUGGACCUAGACUAUUCUUCUGAAGGCCACUCUGAGCUUUAGAUCUUCUGCUCAUGGUCAAGGUCACAUCUAUUUUCCAAGACCAGUCUAGAUUUUGAAUCUUCUUUUCAAGACCAGUCUAGAUUUUGAAUCUUCUUUUCAAGACCAGUCUGAGUCUUGGAUCUUCUUUUCAAGACCAGUCUAGGUUAUGGAUCCACUUUUCCAGACUAGUCUAGGUUAUGGAUCCUCUUUUCAAGAUCAGUUUGAGUCUUGGAUCCUCUUUUCAAGACCAGUCUAGGUUAUGGAUCCCCUUUUCAGGACUAGUCUAGGUUAUGGAUCCCCUUUUCAAGACUAGUCUAGGUUAUGGAUCCUCUUUUCAAGAUUAGUCUGAGUCUUGGAUCCUCUUUUCAAGACCAGUCUAGGUUAUGAAUCCUCUAUUCAAGACUAGUUUAGGUCUUGGAUCUUCUUUUCAAGACCAGUUUAGGUUAUGGGCCCCCUUUUGAAGACCAGUCGAGGUUUUGGAUCCUCUUUUCAAGGCCAGUUUAGGUCUUGGAUCUUCUUUUCAAGACCAAUCUAGAUCCUGGAUCUUCUUUUUAAGACCAGUCUCGGUUUUGCAUCUUCCCUUCUAGGUCAUCCUAGAUGUUGGAUCUACUUUUAAUCCCAGUCUUAACCUCUGAUCUCCUUUCAGGUAGCCUGGAAUUGUCCUCCAAGAUGAUGAUGAUUCAAUCUUGCACUAUAUUUGGAGAUUGUUCUUGGUUCUUAGGUAUUGGAACAAUAAUUAUUUUACAAUAAUCAUUUUGGGGGCUUAGGUUAGGGGUCCCUUAAUAUUAGAUUGCCGAAACGGGUCAAUUUUAUUCAUUUAGGAUUUUAUUAUUAAGAUUAUAUAUAAACAUAACAAGGUUUUGUUAAACAUAUGUUGGUUUUUGAUAGAAUCAUGGCCAGCACAUGUUUAAAAAAAAUUAUCAAAAUUUAAAUUAAAUAAAUUAAAAUAGUUAAAAUAAAUUAUCUAUAAUCUAUUAUAUAUAUAUAAAAUCGUAAAUGAGUCAAAUAGAUUCGCUCCAGCAAUCUAUAUACUGUUAAAAGGAACCUAGGUCCCUGCAUUCUGGAACAUCCCUCAAAAACUGGAUCUUACAUUUUGUUCUCUGGGACUCUGAAAUUUAGGACUUUGGUUUCAGUUUCCAGCAUAAAUAAGUCACUGCGAAAUUCACUUCUUUAAAUUACAAAAAUGGGGACUAUUUGUCAAUGAAAGAAAACAGGUGACGGAAGAUAAUGCUCGGCGUCCGGAAUACUAAAACGAGCAUGAACAGAACCGCGGUUUGCUUUUUGGUCUCUUUUGAAAGUGAGUGUUCAAGGUCCAGCCUUUCCAGGAUUAAUGACCGUUCGGUCUGUCGACAAUUUUCAGCUCAUUCAGGUACGAAUUCGGAUGAUUAAUAAAUCCGAAGGACGUCGCUUCGCAGCGUUAAACAAUGUCACGGUAAUUCGUCGAUCUAUCGUGCUGAAACUGAAAAUAUCCUGUUUCUCGGUACGCAAUGAUACACAGUAGGUUAACUUCAUGUGCGUGGAAACAGCAAACCAUGUUAUGUAAAUAGCAAUAGUUCUUCCUUAUUCUCAAUAGUUCUCUUGUUUCUCUCCUUACGAACGAAUCGUCUCUUCGCAAAAGUCGGACGCUACGCCGAAGACACUGGAUUCGUUGAUCCCAACGUGCCGGACACACGAUUAUACGGCAGCAUCGUUUUGUAACAUACCAAGCAUGUAUAACAUAGUGUAGAAUAAAAUUAUCGUUAUUGGA